AUGAAUGAUAUAUUGAAACGUGCUGGAAUGGUAGAAUGCAAAGUACUAUCCACUCCUAUUUCUGUUAUGAAGUCCGUUCCAUUUAGUGCAGACUUAUAUGAGGAUCCUACUGAAUACAGAAGUCUGGCAGGAGCACUAUUAUAUCUGACGAUCACAUGUCCAGAUCUAUCAUUUACAGUCAAUCAGUUAUGUCAACACAUGCAUGAUCCUACAACCUCACAUUGGGAGCAACUAAAGAGAGUCUUGAGGUAUGUUAAAGGGACAAUUGAUUUUGGUUUAUGCAUAAGAAAGUCAGUAUCACAAGAAAUUCAUGCUUUCUCUGAUUCUGAUUGGGCUGGCUGUCUUGAAGAUCGUGAGUCCACUAGUGGCAAUGCUGUGUUUCUUGGGUCAAAUCUUGUGUUUUGGGUUUGCAAGAAACAAAGAACUAUUGUUAGAUCUUCCACUAAUAAAGCAGAAUAUAAAGAUUUAGCAGAUGUCUAUAUGCUGAGGUUAUCUGGAUUCUCUUAUCUCUUUACUUCGUGUGAUUAA